UUAUAUAUAUUAUUUAUUACGUGCUAAUUUAACUAUUACCUACGUAUACAACAAAAUAUGUCUUAAGUUUCUCAAGGCGAUUCACGUUCAUAUUAUGGUGUGAGUGUGAGUGCGUGCGCGCGCGCGUAUGGACAAUAUAAAAUAAACAUAUUAUAUUUGUCGUGCAUUAUCGUUUGCAUUAGUUGGAAAUCUACUGUAUUACACAUAAGUUCAAAUUAUGUUUAAACAAUUACCAAAUUCAACAUUCUUUAAUUGAUACCAACAUUAAAUAAAUGGUCUUUUUCUUUUAAUUGCAUAUUAUACCCAACGGUUUUAUCUAAAAUAUUUUUUUAAACAAUUUUGAAAUCAUGGCAACUUGGGAAAAUUGGAAAACUGUGUCCUUACUUGUUUGUGUAUUUACUAUGGUUAGAGAAAUACGACCAAUUGAGCCAUUUUUCACGUCAUACCUCAAAAGUAUGAAUUUCACAUCAAACCAGAUCAACGAAGAAAUAUAUGCAGUGGGAACUUACUCGUGUCUAGUAUUAGCUGUUGUAAUAUUCUUAGUUACAGAUUACUUUCGGUACAAACCGUUGAUCAUUGCUGAUGGAAUUGCUGGAAUUUUCACAUAUGCGUUACUACUAGGAACACCAAGUUUAUUCAGAGUUCAAAAGUUGCGUUCACUACGUAUUUGUAUGCCAAGGUCGACGACAAACAAUAUUAUCAAAAAAAUCACCAGUCUAGUGAAAGCAUCUAUGUUAUUCGGCAGAUUCCUGUCUGGAUUAAUUGCGCAAACUGUUGUUUCAACACACUUAUUGAACGAAGUUUAUCUACUAUACAUCAGUAUAUUUAGUACGUCUCAUAAAAUAAAUACCUGUAUUAAUAUUUAUGUUAUAUUAGAACUGUUUACUUUAAUUGAAUGGCCAAUAAGAUAAAAAAAAAAGCACUGCAAUUUUUUAUUACUGAACUUCC